AUGGCACACGAAGCAAUGGUGAAAGGCUUCAUCGACAUCUUUGACUUUGAGAUGUUGCAGCAAGUUGCGCCAGACCACUUCGACUGGAAUAAGAACUUCUCGGAUGGAUGUCCGCCACUUUUCCACGCGAUUGAUGACAAGCUGUGCAAACGAACUCCAGCUCAACACCAGACGCGGCUCAAGAGGAUCAGCUGGAUGCUACGCGCCGGGGCAGACCCCCUGCGCAAGGUCUCUUCAACUGUCGCCAUGGAUUUUAUUACUUUGCAGGAAAAAUUGGCCUUCCGAGUCGGAUAUGAUGGUCACUCUGCAUUCUCCUACUGUUUUGCCUUGCUUGAAAGCAUGCAGAAAGACACCAGUGGAGCAGAUUGGUCAACAGCGCGCGAGCGCACGGAAGAAACGUUGAAGACACUCUCGCAGGCUACGACUGCGAAGGCCCAGCUAGUUUCGGUGCGCCAGGGGGUCGUGAACUUCUGGGAGUCGGUCCGGGACAUGGACUCCACGUACAACGUCAUCUUCGAAGCAGCAGACGGUGAGGUAGCUGCCCACGAUCUGAUGCUCAUGUCUGCCUCACCCGUGCUGAGGGCCAUGCUGGAGUCCGCCAUGAAGGAAGGUGCAAAUCGCCGCAUUCUGGUCCGAGACUCGUCGAGCAGCAGUGUGACUCUCUUCGUGGACAUGCUGUACACGGGCUCAACGUGCCUCGAGCUCGACUACAAGAGCAUGCUCGGGGCCUUCGAUUUGGCCCACCGUUGGCAAGUGCAGCACGUCGUAGACAUUCUUGUUGAUGCCUUGUGCGGGGCUGUCGGCGUGGACAGCUUUGUGGAAAUCACCGAAGCCGCGAUCCUCAAGGACUCAGGGCCUUUGAAGGCGGCGUGCGCAGCCUUCGGGGCGAAGAACGCCGAGAUCCAGGCCAUGCUGAAGAAGAACAGCUUGCCUGCAGCUGUGAGAAAGCUCAUGGGAGAGCCUGAGACAGAGAGGCCGGAGCCAGGAAAGCCCAAACGGCGAAGGCUCUAG